GGCGAUCAGGAGGGCGUGAAAUUAUUGCUAGAAAAAGGGGUUGAUAUUAAUCAUGGCGGCCAUUUUGGCUCUGCACUCGCGGUAGCUUCAUUCAGUGGACAUCAAAAAAUUGUUCAGCUUUUGCUGGAUAAUGGGGCUGUUGUUAAUGAUAGCAAAUAUGGGUAUUGCUUUGCACUUGUAUGUGCGUCAUUAAAAGGCCAUGAAAAUAUCGUCCGGCUCUUACUAAAAACUGGGGCUGUUAUGGAUGCUAAGGAACUUGCA